GCUUACUUGCAAUAUCAUAUGAACGACUUUUCUGGGUUCCUUCGUCGAAGGGUUAGAAGCUCCUUCAAGUGGGAUCGCAUCAGAAGCUGCAUUAGCCAAACCAACGUGUGUGCUCAGCUCAGCCAGAGUUACAGAAUGGCCGAGGACUUCUUCGACGCACAUCUAACGCCCAUGCAGUCAGGGUGCUGCAGGCCACCAACACAAUGUGGGUAUACUUUUGUGAAUCCAACCUAUUGGAUUAGAGCGUUCAACCUUGCAGCAGAUAUGGAUUGCCUGCAAUGGAGCAACGAUCAAACACAACUUUGCUACAACUGUGACUCGUGCAAGGGUGGUUUAUUGGCUAAUCUUAGGAAGGAGUGGAAAAGGGCCAAUGUGAUAUUAAUCAUCACAGUCAUUGUUCUAAUUGUGGUGUAUUUGGUAGGGUGCUGUGCUUUUAGGAAUGCCAAAACUGAGGACCUCUUCCGCAAAUACAAACAGGGGUAUACUUGAGAAGGAUCAAUGUGUUUUAGUUGAAGUUAGUGGUAAAGUUUCUUCUUGGCUACUUAGUUUAAAUCAACUAUUUGAGUCCGUGUUUUGAAAGACAUGCUUGUAUGAAUUUGUCUCUUGCACUUAUUUUAGCAGAAAAAAGAUGGUUGGUUUUAUAUGGGAUGGGUUAAAGGUUGAAACUUGAUCAUAUAAGGUGUUAAGAGGUGAGCGUGAUUUGUGGAGAAGAGCACCGAAAGCUGAAUACUCGACUACCGAGGCACCAAUUAAAUUGGCCUGGAAUCAUUUUAAAAUGUAUACUACCACCUUCGAGGCAUUUUGGCGCUCCAAAAGUGCACCUUUUCAAAUUCAAAUCAACUUUAAUUAAUUCAAGUUCCCAAUCAUUUCAGAAAGGAUUUAUAUUUUAGCGGAAUUUGUAUUUUUAGAUGAAACAUUGGACAUUAUAGUCUGUAUUUUUAGAUAAACAUUGGACAUUUGCAUUUGAGGAUUGA